GCGCUUUGACUUGCACAAUGGUCCAAAUUCAAAGUCUCAUUCUUCUGUCACUGUGCUAUGGAGCAUUUGCAAUGCCAAGUCCAAAAAACAAUGAAGACGUCAAUCCGGAGGAUCGGAAGUUUGCACUGGACUACCUAAACAAAUUUUACAUAAUGAUCACCAAAUCAAGUAAGACAUUUGCAGAGAGGAUCAAAGAAAUGCAAAAGUUUUUUGGAAUGAAAACAACAGGCAAGUUGGACACUGACACAAUGAAUAUGAUGAAAGCCCCAAGAUGUGGCAUGCCUGAUGUGGCAGAUUUCAGUACUUUCCCUGGAAGACCAAGAUGGCAGAAAACUUCCCUGACCUACAGAAUACAGAAUUACACUCCUGAUCUACCCAGGCGUGUGGUUGAUGACUCAAUACAGAAGGCAUUCAAUGUGUGGAGCCAAGUAAUUCCUCUGAGGUUCAGAAAGGUCACAAGAGGAUCAGCAGAUAUACUCAUACAAUUUGCAAGAGGAUCACAUGGUGAUCAGUCUCCUUUUGAUGGUCCUAAUGGGAUAUUGGCCCAUGCCUAUGCUCCCGGAGAAGGAAUAGGUGGUGAUGCCCAUUUUGAUGAAGAUGAAAGAUGGACAAAUAACAGAGCAGAUUUCAACUUAUUUCUGGUGGCUGCACAUGAAUUUGGUCAUUCCUUGGGUCUUGGUCACUCUAAUGAGCCCAGAGCUUUGAUGUUCCCAAACUAUCGCUAUGUGAACACGGACAACUUUCGAUUGUCUCAAGAUGACGUCAAUGGAAUACAGGUCCUGUAUGGCAAAAGGAGAAAUUAACAGCUUGAGAGAAGAUUCCAUCCAGGAGAAUGCAGACAUACAUUA